AUGUAUACAUUGCCUACUAGUGAUGAGGGUGACUGUUACCUGUGUGUUCCGCCUGACCCGGGCAUUGAGACUGCUGCUCUAGGUGCUGGUGAGGCUGCUGCUCUAGGUGCUAGUGCGUCUGCUGCUCCAGGUGCUGGUGAGUCUGCUGCCCCAGGUACUGGUGCGUCUGCUCUCUCAGGUACCACGUCGGCUCAGGCCUUACACACCUUCACCCUUGACUCGGGUGCUUCCCGCUCCUUCUUUCGAGACCGCACCACGCUUACACCGCUUAGUCGGCCAGUUGCGGUCCCCCUGGCGGACCCCUCUAGGGGUCCUGUCCUUGCCCACUUCUCCACUGUCCUACCGUGUCCGGCGGCCCCUUCUGGCACCCUGUCACGUCUUUACCUCCCCUCGUUCUCUACAAACUUGGUGAGUGGUGCUGAUCUACAGGAUGGGGGGGCUGACCAGUUCACUCCUGCGAGUCAGCGGGUGACCCACUACACGUGUGCUCGGACGGGCCGACACUUGGCCACGUUUACCCGUCAGCCGGGGUCGAGCCUGUACACGCUCACUACUGAGUCUCCUCCGGUUGCUGAGUCUGGUCAAGUAGCUGCGUCGGGUCAGGUGUUUGCUGCAGCGUCCAGGUCUGGUCCUGAGUCUGCUCCCUGCUUGUGUCGUCUCCUGUCCCACCGGACUCUCCUCUGGCACCACCGCCUUGGUCACCCUUCCCUGCCUCGUCUCCGAGGCAUGGCCUCCCGUUACCUUGUCUCUGGUCUCCCCCGGUCCCUCCCUCCCCUCCCUCCGGGGCCUGCCCCUACCUGCGUUCCCUGCGUCGAGGGGCGGCAGCGCGCCGCCCCUCACUCCUCCGAUUUUCCUCCGACAGAGGCUCCCCUGCAGACUCUUCACAUGGACGUGUGGGGCCCCGCCCGCGUCUGUGGCCAGGGUCACGAGCGUUACUUCCUGUUGGUGGUUGAUGACUACUCGCGUUACACCACGGUGUUCCCCUUGCGCAGCAAGGGUGACGUCACCGAGCAAAAUGGGAUUGCUGAGCGCCGCAUUGGCAUGGUCAUGGACGUCGCACGUACGUCCAUGAUCCAUGCGGUUGCUCCCCAUUUUCUGUGGCCGUUUGCGGUUCGGUACGCAGCGCAUCAGAUCAACCUUCAACCCCGGGUCUCCUUGCCAGAGACCUCCCCCACCUUGCAGUGGACGGGGAAGGUUGGCGAUGCAUCUGCGUUUCGUGUCUGGGGAUCUCGGGCGUUUGUCCGCGACUUGUCUGCGGACAAGCUGUCCCCCCGUGCUGUUCCCUGCGUCUUCCUUGGCUUCCCCCCUGACGCGCCUUGUGUGUCCCAGGUAGACGCAGUCGAGCCUGUCGAGGUAGCUGUUGACUCUGGUGCUGCUAGGGGUGCUGAGCCUGGGGGUGCUGAGUCUGGGGUUGCUAAGCCUGGGGGUGCUGAGGCUCGGGGUGCUGAGUCUGGGGGUGCUAAGCCUGGGGGUGCUGAGGCUCAAGGUGCUGAGCCUGGGGGUGCAGAGCCUGGAGGUGCGGAGCCUGGGGGUGCUGAGCCUAGGGGUGCGGAGCCUGGGGGUGCUGGGUCUGCUCGUGUGGCCUCUGGCGGGGCUGGAUCUGGGGGCCCUUCGGUUGCUUCGUCUCGGCGGGAGCUACCCUCUCCACAGGAGCUGCGCGAGUGGUUUGCCCGGCGCUGGACCCGUGCUGCUGGAGCUGGAGGUGCUACUGUUGCUGCUGACCCUGGGGUCGGCGCUGGAGGUACUGGAGCCACUGGUCCUGGAGGUGCUCGUACUGGCGGUACUGGAGCUGCUGGGACUGGAGGUGCUGCUGGGGCUGCUGGAGUUGGUGCUGCUGGAGGUACUGGAGCUGCUGGUACUGCUGGGGGGACUGGAGCUGCUGGGCCUGGAGGUGCUCCUGGUGCUGGAGCUACUGGCGCUGCUGGAGCUGGCGGUCCUGCUGAGGUAGGUGCUGCUGGGGCUGCUGGAGCUGGAGCUGCUGGGGGUGUUGGCGCAGGGGGUGCUGCUGGCGCUGGUGCUUCUGAGGGUGCUGGAGUUGGCGCUGCUGGAGCAGGAGGUGCUGCUGGCGCUGGUGCUGCCGCUGGGGGUACUGGUGCUGUCUGUGAGGAUCUAGGAUCGAGCUCAGAAAAGAGAAUGUGA